GGAACUAAAAUCGGUUUUAUAAACUAUGAUACGGAGAUCUGACUAGCGGUGUUUCCCCUGUGAUCCAAGCAUGGAGGUGGUGCCGACACUAUAUCUGGUAUACAUCGUUCUGUCCUCAAAUGUUGGAGUAUUUGGGAUCAUUUCCAGAUGUACCUUGAAGAAAGAGGACAGUUUAAGCUUCCAGUGUCGCAAACAUCACGUGAUCUACGACCCAAUAAUAUCGCUGGGCAGGAGUGACGAGCACCCCUGCAUGGCUGGCCCCGAUGACUGUACAGGAUUGAACAGGGAGCUCCUGAGGAAGCGCAGGAAGUGUUUCUGGAGAAGACGCUGUUCCUUGCAGUGGAAAACGGGCCAACCCAUUAAGUCUUCAGACCAGGACAGAUGCAUCGACAAGAUACCAACCUAUGUCGCGUAUGACACCCCCAAGUGUAUUUUGAAAGCCAAGGUGUUCAGCAUGUGCGACAAUAGUGUGAAACUGUCUCAAGCCAAAGAAGGCAUCAUCAGGAGCCAUGACCUGUUUCCGGGUCAGUUUCCUCGACUGGGUAACACCACCUGCACCCAAAUUUUAAAACUGAAGGCUGGACAUCGGCUACACCUGUCAGUGGACCAUCUCCGGCUGGACGCGGUGGACCGUCUGACCGUGCGUCACUUCAGGGGCGCGAAGAAACUGGAACUGAUAAACUCCAACAGUCUAAAGAGCAAACAGUUUGAUGUUGUCGAAGGAUAUCUGAAUAUAACGCUCAAAGUUUCAAGCAAGGGAUUGGUGGAAGAGGGCGGCUUUAUCAUAAGAUUUGAAAAUAUACAGAUGUCUUCAUCUGCGCCCCGCACAAGAGGGUUUACUGUAUCAAAUGAAGUCAUAAGCAAGGGACCACGAAAACCAAAAUCAAAAUAUGAUGCUUCCGUGGAUGAACGCAUCAUCAGGUCAAACUCACCCAUGACUUUCACGUGUCCCGCCUUCCACAUCCUCUACAACCCAAUCAUCAUGGCUGGGGUCAACAGCUUCAGAGGGCGCAUCAUGUCUACUUCCAAAGAUUGCCAUGGGCAGUACACUGGCUUGAUCACAGAGACCAACAAAUGCUACUGGAACCAACAGUGCCAGAUUGGCAAACGAUCAAGCAUGCCCUUGACAAGAACCUUUGAACUGAGGUGCCUUGCACUCAUGCCUGACUACUUGUCCACAAAGGGUUAUGAGUGUGUCGCUAAAGCCAACGUUUUCGACAUGUGUGACAAAACGUCCGUCAUUACCACACCAGAAGGUCUGAUCAAGAGCCACACCAACUACCCAUGGCACUACACAGCACGACCAAUAAUUUGCCGAAAGAAACUCCGAAUCAACCCAGAGUAUGGCCUCCAUCUUUACACAGACGAAAUGGACCUUGACCCGUCCACAAGGGGAGAUAACUUGAAGGUAUUUCUCUUGCGGGGAAAGAAGGAACUUAUCAGAAAAUAUGUGGGGGGACGACGAGUGAACCUCCACAUUUUGUCCGGAACUGUUGAAGUCCAGUUCAGAGUGUCCAGGCGAUCAAGAGGUGGAAGAGGAUUCAUUCUGCGAUUUAAAGGUAUUGUUAAGCCACAAGUCAAUGUUAAAGAGGCCCAUGGUAUGACCAACGAGGUGCCUGUUGUGAAGAUUAAACGACGAUGCAGGAGCAAGGAUAUACGUACAAUUUUAUACGAAAUGAGAGGGAAGAUAGUUGCCACGGGAACCAGAUGUAUCGGAGGGAAACGGAGUCCAAAAAGGAAGGGCCGAUUAUCAAGAUCACCUCGAACUCGACAUUCUCGUUAUAAUCACGGAAAACGGCGCCAUUGAACGCCCUGAACGAUCAGUGUCAUUAUUCUUACCUCCAAAAUCUUACAUGGUUAUGAAUUAACAUUUACUGAAAAGACAUUCCGCUGUUUCGAAGUUAUACGGUUGAGCUAUAGAAGUAGUGGACAUUGUCAAGCUGGUGACGUCAUCAUCCCCUUUUGCGCUAUCGGUACUGUAAGUGUCUGCUUGUCAUUGGAUGUGGUGCCGUUUCCUGCAAAUCGGGAACCUCAUACCAGAGUGAGUGAGUGAGUGAGUAUGGUUUUACGCCGCUUUUAGCAAUAUUCCAGCAAUAUCACGGCGGGGGACACCAGAAAUGGGCUUCACACAUUGUAUCCAGGUCGGGAAUCGAACCCGGGUCUUCGGCGUGACGAGCGAACGCUUUAACCACUAGGCUACCCGACCGCCCCUCCUCAUACCAGAGAUACAGUUCCUCGGAUAUCAUCGUGUUUAUAUGAGUACUGUUUCGUCUGUCAAAGGAUUCCGGUUUAUAGAGAGAUCGGUUUGUAGAGAAAUCAACUUAUAGAUAGGCACACGUUUACAUUGUUGUAUGCUGUUACCCCAUCUGUGCCCUCCAGUAUGUUUGGUUGUUGCCCUUGACAAUCUCCCUUGGAGGCAAAGGUUGUUUCCACACAAGGAAACCAAUUUGUGAAGACUCCGCGUCGAGUCCACAGUCGUGGUUGGUUUGGUUGGUUUGUUGUUUAACGCCGCACUCAGCAAUAUUCCAGCUAUAUGACGGCGGUCUGUAAAUAAUCGAGUCUGGACCAGACAAUCCAGUGAUUGAUAUCAUGAGCAUCGAUCCACGCAAUUGGGAUCGAUGACAUGUAUCAACCAAGUCAGCGAGCCUGACCACCCGAUCCCGUUAGUCGCCUUUUACGACAAGCAUAGUCGCCUUUUACGGCAAGCAUGGUUCCUGAAGACCUAUUCUAACCCGGAAUUUCACAGUCGGGAUGGAACAUUCUCAUAUGUAACGUACAUGAAACGUAGAUGUAACACCACUCAUUGGUUCGGUACAAAGAUACUCACACAUGUACUUUGUCAUCAGACUGUUACGCCUGUCUAGUUUGUCGUAUAUAGAGACAGAGUUGUAAUUUUUUCAGAGAUCGACCGAUCUCGCCUAAAAUCAGAGAAGGUGUAUGCAAUGUUUAAACCCUUGUCAUAUAACGCCUUCAUUCAAUAAUCUCGUUCUGCUUCAUGUUUACAAUGAUACACUGCGUUCCUGUGCGUCACACCCUGAAAUUGUUUUUUUACGCCUACACAACAAUAUAUGUUCCUAGGGUAUACCUAGUGUAACGUAAUAAUAAUAAUAAUAAUUUAUGCAUUUGUAUAGCGCAGCAUUCACUGUUCAUAAGUGCUCUGUGCGCUAUGUUCAUCUAUGAUCUCUUAUGCUAAGGUUCUGCCAAAGUUACAUGAAUUUACACUGCCUCUUUGUGUUCAUAUUGAAAUACAUUUGUCUUUGUUAUUGUUUUUUUAUUACGCAAUAAAAAAAAUCAGCAAUU